CGAAAAAGGGCGCUAGGGUAGUAAAUUGUAUCCCGAUUCCAAUAUAAACCCAAGAAACCCUAUCAAAGCUGCUUGUGCCCAAGUGGGAGCGAGAACGAUAGAGGUUGAGAGGCAUUAGGUUAAGCGUCAUUUCGUCGGCUGCGCUGUAAGUUCAAGGGUAAGAAAUGAAGCACAACAAUGUCAUCCCUAAUGGACACUUUAAGAAACAGUGGCAGAAUCAUGUAAAGACAUGGUUUAAUCAGCCAGCUCGGAAAACCAGAAGAAGAAUUGCUCGCCAGAAGAAGGCUGUCAAAAUUUUUCCCCGCCCAACAUCCGGGCCUCUUCGUCCUAUCGUCCAUGGACAGACGUUGAAGUAUAAUAUGAAAGUUAAGGCUGGGAGGGGCUUUUCUCUGGAAGAGUUGAAGGCUGCCAACAUCCCCAAGAAACUUGCACCAACUAUUGGGAUAGCAGUUGAUCAUCGCAGGAGGAACCGUUCCCUGGAGAGUCUUCAGGCGAACGUGCAGAGGCUGAAGACAUAUAAGGCGAAGUUGGUCGUCUUCCCAAGGCGUGCUCGCAAAUUUAAGGCUGGUGAUUCUGCUCCCGAGGAACUUGCAACUGCAACCCAGGUCCAAGGCUCAUACAUGCCCAUAGUACGCGAGAAGCCAUCUGUUGAACUUGUGAAGAUUACUGAAGAGAUGAAAUCAUUCAAGGCAUAUGACAAACUCCGUAUUGAGAGGACGAACACGCGACAUGUUGGUGCAAGAAUGAAGAGAGCUGCAGAGGCUGAAAAGGAAGAGAAGAAAUAGUUGGUUUGAUACCAUCAAGCAGCCUUUGGAACUACUACUAUUGUUGAGAGUUUUUCUGCAUUUUGAGUUUUAUACAUUUAUCUGGACUCGAUUAGAACCUUUUAUUCUAAAUUUUGAAAGGUCUGUUGAAUUCAUGAA